CCGGCACGCAGUGGCCUCGUAUGAAAGGCUCCAUUGAAAACUAUAGGAGGUAACUAGUUACUGCCUCGUGUGGAAGCGGCUCUCGUGGAUACAUCCGAAAUUUCGAUAGUUCAUUUAUGGAAACCUUAAUCUGGACAAACUGGUUUCACUGUAGCGGCCAGUGGUUGUGCGUGAGGAGACGGUGCAGCCGGGAAGCCAGCCGCAGCACUGCAGCAGCGCACACUACUUCUGCGUUAACUUGGUUGCGGACGUGUGUAGCCACCCUCCCUCACCAACGUUAUUAUUUUUUUUCCCGCCUGCCUGAACUAGCAUUGGUCAUGAAUAUGACCGGAGUCGCGUGUGCGAUACGAGGGUCAAAAACUUUUUGGGGAGCAAUUGUCUUGGUGUCACUGCUGCCCUUGAUAGUGCCUCUACUUGCAGUCCUUUGGGCAUGGCGGUGUCUCGCUCUGGUGGUUGUGUUUGUCAAAUAUAGAAAAAUGGUAUAUGUGGCUUCCGGCCUCGAGGCACUCUUUGCUUUGGAUUCAGCGGGGGCAAGAGCAGUGAUAAGUGGGGUACUGGUGAUGCGAGGACGUGUGGAAAUCGCUACCGUGAGAGCACGACUUACGAAACAUGUCCUGGACGCCCGGGACUGCAGAGGAAAACUAUUACAUCCCAAGUUCAGGCAAAUGGUGAAAAAACGAUGUGGCGUAGUGGUUUGGGUAUGGGAGGAAAAUUUUCAAGUAGCAAGUCACGUUCGGGAGGUGGAAAGAGAGCUAAAGGACGAGGUUGACCUUCUGGAGGAGAUCACUGCCCGUAAUAAUCUUCCCUUCGUGCAAGGUCACUCUUGUUGGGAAAUGCUUGUGACAUCACUAGCUAGCUAUGGCAAACAUCAGGAACCUCACACCGCAGUUAUGGUGCGCCUUCACCAUUCACUUGGCGACGGCCGUUCCUUUAUCGGUCUGCUUCUUUCUGCACUGGUAGACCGCCCUCUUGAGAAGCUUCAGUCUGUCCCUGUGGCCCGCCACCACAAGCAGGACGGUCGUCUCGCUCGUUGGAGUCGUUUCCUAUGGGCAGUUUUUAAUACGCCGUGGGUGUUGCGUCGUGUGUUGAGACGGGGUGAAUCGUCGCCACUUCACGGUUGCCGCUUAGAUGGUACCAAACUACUAGCAUGGUCCUCUCCACUCUCUUUGGCUGACCUUAAAGCGGGUCGUUCCUUGGCUGGGGUGACUGUCAAUGAUCUGCUGUUGACAGCCCUGGCUCAAGCUUUGCACAGACACCUGAAAAACAUGGGAGCAGCAGCACCACAGCGGAUGGUGACCGUGUUGCCCGUGGAUGUCACCGCACCUAAUGAUCAACUUUCGGUCGCCAAUCGAUUGUCUCUCUGCACCUUUUCUCUGCCUACGGGUUCGAUGACACCCAUUGCCCGUUUAGAGGCUGUACAUCAGCGACUGGAAGUUUUAAAGGAAUCUCCUGACAUAUGGGUCAACUAUUUAGCGUUAGACCUACUGACCAACUUGCUGCCUUCACCUCUGGCUCGCCGCGCCCUUAAUACCCAUGGCGUAACUCUAGUGGCCUCCAAUCUUCCUGGGCCUCAGGAGACGAUACACAUGUUUGGAGGAGCUGUGGACGACAUUAUGUUCUGGAUUCCUAACAAGAGCCGCACAGGGGUCGGAGUGUCCAUGAUGAGUUAUCGUGGCCGCGUGCGCCUGGGCGUCAACGUGGACACAGCACUCGUGAAAUCUGAGGAGGUUGCUCGUCAGUUAAUUGAGGACACUGUCAUACAAACCACCUCCCUGCUGAUGGACCUUAGAGCAGCUGAAGCCGACUCUGCUAAUGCUCCAAGUGCUUCAGAAUUCGAGUUCCUGUUGAGCAAGCAAACUCGACUCCCGACAUCCCCAGAUCGCCCUGUUCGAGAAGAUCAAGUCCCAUCGACACCUACAGACUGAUGACCCACCGAAAGUAAGUGUGUGAAAUGAGAGAGAGAGAGAGAGAGAGAGAGAGAGAGAGAGAGAUUCCGCGUUCACCCACCAUGCCUGUUGGACGUUAUAUAAUGGGAGAGGCCAUUAGUGUUAGUCAAAUAUCACAACUAUACACAGGCUACUAUAUAAUACAUUACAUAUUGCCAAUUCACUGCGGUCAGUGCGCGGCACACUGAGGGGAGGUGUCGAAUUUAUUAAGCUUGCUGGAGAAGUGGGCGGUGGAGGCGCCUCGGGUGGUAUAGUGAAACCAGCUUGUCUACAUCGGUUUGGCGUUGGCUACUCUGGUAUCUUCUAGUCCGUCAUUCUGCUCAUGCGCCUCCGUGGAGCAGUGGUUAUUGUGCCAAGCUAGGAUGUAGCAGCCACUGCUGAAAGCCAUGUGCUCUGCUUCCCCGGUGACCCAAGAAAAUGUGGCGCUGCAGCACAGACUCAUUAAGUGUAUUCGUGUCAAUGUUUUCGUUUCCCCUCUUCUUGAAUCUCCUGUGCCGUCUAUGUAUUUUCAUUGUCGCUGUCCUCGUCUCCCUGUCUGUUGUGUCGUGUCUUCAUUGUUCACUUUUCUUGUUACUCGUUUAUCUUCCACGGUCUGUCCUCGUCUUGCUACAGUUCUCCUCUAAAUAUUAUGCCACAUAUACACCAACACAAAUGUAACCUACACAGUACAACAUUCACACACACGCACAUACCCACAACCACCUCUUUUAUGUGUCUUGUCCAUGUCGAUGACCUGUGUAUGUUUUUUUUACUUCUCUUGUUACUCUUUUAUCUUCCACUGUCUGUCCUUGUCUUGCAACAGUUCUCUAAAUAUUGUGCCACAUAUACACCCAACACAUAAAUGUUACCUACACUACAACAUUCACACACACGCACAUACACACAACCACCUCUUUUAUGUGUCUUGUCCAUGAUGAUGAUCUGUGUGUGUUUUUGUGAAUAAAGUAACCCUGACGGA